UCACUCGGGCUAGACUCUUGUGGCUCUCUUCGUGACAAAAAGUCAUAGUUUUAAAAAAUUAACAGUGGCAAUUAAUGCCUACACCGAAAGCUCAAAACAGUUUUUCCACAUCAAUAUUGGAGGGGGGAAAACCUGAUAAAACUUUUAACGAAAUCUUUAUGAUGAAAGAAAACAGAAUUAGAACUAAUUGUUACAUAAAAUAGUUAACAUUUUAAAACCUUCCAUUUUUAUUCACGAUCUCAAGUAAGUAACCUGACAUCUAGUGGAAAAAAUGUUAACUAUCCAUCGUAGGGUCGCAUACGUCAUGCAUUGUUCGUGUUAGUAUGAGUAAAAGUAAAGUGUUCUGUUGUGUGCAAGGUUGUAAUUCGAAAUAUAACAGUUUGAAAAAUAUCAGUUUUCAUCAUUUUCCGAAAGCGGGUAAAGUUAAGAUCAUUAAUAAAGUUGGCAAAGAGGAAAAUAUCGAAAGAAAAAAGGCUUGGGAAUUAGCAUUAAAGAUGGAAAAAAAAAUGACUCCAUCAAUGAGAGUUUGCUCUCUACACUUUAUAGAAAAUGAUUUCAUUUUACCUGGUGUACCAUCAAAAAAGAAAUGCCUCAAAAAAACUGCUGUUCCUAGCCAAAAUUUGCCAGUUACAAAUAAACAAUUUUUUGAUCAUUGUGUUAGGAAAAACAAGCAUAACAAACUUUCAAAGCCUAUCCAAGAGACAAUCAAUAAGACGCAUCCAGAAACUAGUCAUAACUCAAAACCUACUGUACAAGAUAUUGAAGCGGCUCGAAUUUUAUUAGAGUUAGAAAUUUUAUUAGAAUGAUGGAAAUGAUUAUUGAAGAACACAAAAUCCCAGAAAAAAAUAAUAAAGUAUUGUAAAUGUUUCUAUUCAAGUUAAAACAAUAAUAAUAAAUGUUACCUGACUAACAUUUAAUAGUUGGUAUUAUAUUGAUAAUUGCACACAGUAUAUAAGGAUAAAUCAAUAAAUAACCACUGGUUAUUGAUUCAUUCUUUUAUAUUGAUGAAAUUUUGAAAUAUGGUAGU